GAGUAGAAUGUGAGACUUAUUUGAUAUAUUGGCCAUCACUGAUGGAUUUACAUCAUGAGCUUAACUUCUGAGUCCGCCUAAGCUCAUAAAGCUGCGCAGGCUGAAAGAUUCGGAAUUCUUGCAGAGAUAAAGCGAUGAGUCUUAGGUUUCUGUAGAACUGAUGAAGUGCCAACAUAUACAGAGUCUGUACAGAAGUUCAACAGGGGGUGCAAAAACGAAUCGACUAUUGCUACAAUGGGAAGUUAAAAACACAAAAUGGGCGCGUACAAUACAGCGUUAGAGACUAUCUUGGAUAUGUAGGCAUUUAAAAAACAAUGCGGUUGUGAAAUACAAAAGUGAUAUUUGAUAUCAAUUAAGACAUCAACUGCUGAGAUAAUGAUGAGUCUAAAUGGAAAAUGUAUACCACCGAGUAUGAAUCCGGAAUGCUCUCCAAGAAGCAGCGUUUCGGAAUCUCUCGCCCAAUUAGAUAUCGAGGAACGCUAUGACAUCAUCAAAGAGCUAGGCAGUGGUACCUAUGGAAAGGUUCUCCUCGGAGAAUGUCGAGACACACAAACAAAAGUGGCUUUAAAAGUGCUUCCUAAGAAAAAUACCAAAUAUCGUGACUUCCAAAGAGAAUUUUGCUACAGCUAUUAUUUCUCUCCACACGAGGCUAUUAUCAAGACAUAUGAUUUUGCCUUCGAGACUAUGGAAUCCUAUGUUUUUGCCCAGGAAUACGCACCACUGGGUGAUCUAUUUGAAGCAAUAACUCCUCAAAUUGGAUUAGGAGAAGAGAUAUGCAAGCGAGUGAUGAGACAAAUAGCCUCCGCUCUCGAGUUUAUGCAUAGUAAGAGCUUAGCACACAGGGACGUUAAGCCGGAGAACAUUCUUUGUUUUGAUCAUAAUUUGACACGAAUCAAACUUAUUGAUUUUGGAAUGACUCGGAAGGUUGGUACUAUGGUCCGAAAAACCAGUGGUAGCAUCCCAUACACGCCUCCCGAGGUUUGUGAGGCUGUGAGAAAUGAACGGUACAGUGUUGAAACAAGUGCUGACGUUUGGGCUUGUGUUGUGUUGCUAUUUUGUACACUAACUGGAAACUUUCCAUGGGAACAUGCCCACAGGAAGGAUAUAUACUAUGUUGAAUUUUUAAACUGGCAACGACGAAAAACUACUAAGGUACCUUCCCAAUGGAGAAAGUUUUCUCCAAGACUACUGAAAUUAUUUCGCAAAAUGCUAGAACCUUGUCCAGAUAAAAGAAGCUCAAUUAAAGAAAUCCACAAGUAUUUCUCUGAUACCUGGGUUCAGGUAAAGGAAGGUGGGAACGCCGAAGAGUGCAAUAAUGACGUAGGAUAUGACGACGAUGACGUCUACAGUCAUGGCUCAAAUACACAUAUGGCUGAACUCGCCGCCAUUUUGAAUUCUCAAGGUAUCGAGACCAAAGUCAACAAGAAGCUUCGCGAGAGAAGGAUUUGUGAAUGGUUACUGUCCACGUGACUAAUACCAGAUGUUCACGUGACGUAUUGUCUCAUAGAGACAUUGACAUCGGUAAUCACUGCCAUAGUUUGUCUUCUUAUCAUAUACGUCAUUAUUACGAUCUCUUAAAGCCAAAGACAUAGCAUCAUUAACGUUCUUCCGUUUUAAUAUCCAGACAAAGACUCACACGAAUUCCUUUAUGUUCAAUAAGAUACCUUAUUUAAUCUUUUAUCGUUUGAAAGGUUACUUUCGCAACGUAUUAUGGGUAACCAACGGAAAUUUUGUUUUGAACAUCAUGCAUCAGUAAAGCUGUUGAAUGAAAAUUAUUGAUUAUCGUAGCAAUAUGAUGUGAACAUGUUUAUAACUAUUCUAAGUAUCUUUACAAUCUGAUGCUUCACUAUAUACUAUUAUGAUGAUACAUUAGCCAAUUUAAAUCAUUGUAAUUAAAAGAUCUCUCUAGGUAUUCAUAUUUAAUGUGUGCAAUAUGAUUUUAAUAAGAUCGACACCUGUUAGUUUCUAAGUUAUCUCUGAUACACCUGAUGUGAAUUGUCUGAGAAUUAUUACAUGUUGAGUUAUAUCAGAGGUGUUGUGUUUAAUCAACUAUAGCUUUAUGAUAUGAUCUCUAUAAUUACAACAGUGCACCCCUCCAAAACUUUUGCAACUCUCCCAGUGGACCACCUAAAUGUAUAUGUAUAUCACAUUACAAUCUAAUGUAAUGGAAAAAUAUCAAAUUGAGAGUCAGGGGUUAACAAAAAUUUGGAGGACAGUCUAAAUUGGACAAUUAUAUUUAGUUUUAAUAGUCCUAAGCCUUUUAAGUAUUUUAGUUUUAAUGACAAUCAUAUGUAUUAUGUUUUCCAAAGGUGUUUUUUUAGUUAAUGAUAACACAUACCAUGUUUGUCUGAUUUUGUUUUGUAUGUCUCACUUAUAUAUGUAAAAUGUGAUUUUAAUUUUUUUCAGAGUAGGUAAUUAAAAAGUUGUAUUUGUAGAUCGAAUUCAUAUAAUUACAAUACCUGGGCUGCUAUGAAAGCAGUGAAGGACCGAUCUUAAAGGAUGGGACGACCUAGGCUGAGAGCAUUCUUAGCCCUCGC